AUGGCGGUGAUUCACAUUGGUCUACUCAAUGAGGUUGUGGACUUUGCGAUCAACCUCGUGAAUGAAGUGUUGUCCCUGGUAACACACUAUGAGGUGUGCCCAGUAAUCCGCAGCCUCCCUGAAAGCCUGGAUGCUGAUAAUGUUAAGAACCGCAUCUCUAUCUUGGGGCAAUUGAAGACUGCUGAGGAGAACCCGGAGAAGACUGAGGAAACUAAGAACUUGUUGAAACAACUCAUUUCUGGAAUUUUUGAAGAAGUGGAGAGGCUUACAGGGUUGAAAAUCAGUAACCUGCACAUCCUGGAUAUCACAUUCAAAGAGACUUCUGAUGGCAAAGGUGCUAUAGUGAAAGUCCCCAUCACUGCCGAAGUCAACGUGAACUUGCCUAUGUUGGGUGAUAUUGUCAACUUGGCCCUCAACUUGGACCUCCAGUAUAGUGUCAGCGUUGAAACUGAUGAAGAGACUAAAGUCUCCACCGUGGUCGUGGAAGAAUGCAGGAGCGAUCAAUACAGCAUCUCUCUCAGCGUGCUGGGCAGGCGCAUUAAACUGUUCGACGAGAUGUUGGACUUUGUAAUCAACCUCGUGAAUGAGGUGUUGUUCCUGGUAACACACUACGAGGUGUGCCCACGAGUCCGCAGUUUCCUUGGAAGCCUGGAUGUGGAUUAUGUUAAGAACCGCAUUGAUGAGCUUUAUGAAAACCAACAGAAAAAGUAAAAAGCACAGUUGAAAACCUCCGUGAUGCGUGCCUGCUGAUUGGUUCCUGGGGACGUGACUGAAUCUCUGUACCGUCUCCCUCUGGGACGAUUGAUGCUGCCACCAUCCUCCAGGAGUGACAACAGAACCCAGUCAAAGGACACCUCUCACAGUCAGGACAUCCUGUGUUCCUCACCCUCC